UUUUUUUUAUCCAGUCAGCCGAUCUCCAGGUCUGGCGAUAGCACUUUUAGCUUAGCUUAGCAUAGAUCAUUGAAUAUAAUUAGACCGUUAGCAUUCCCCUCAAAAAUGACCAAAGAGUUUCUAUAUUUAUCCUAUUUACAACUUGGCUCUUGUAGUUACAUCGUGUACGAAGACCGACGGAAAAUGAAAAGUUGCGAUUUUCUAGGCCGAUAUGGCUAGGAACAAUACUCUCAUUCCGGCAUAAUAAUCAAUCGACUUUGCUGCCAUAUGAUGGGUGCAGCAGGCGCAAUGAUAUCACACAGUGUCUGAAAAUAGUGCCCAGCUACUUCGUGUAGUUGCAGAGUUGCUGGGACUAUUUUCAGGCACUGUGUACUGUAAGAAUCUAUAGUCAAUUAACUACAGAAGAGUCAAGUUUUAAACUGGAAAGCUCUUUGGUCAUUUUUGAGGAAGAUGCUUACAGUCUAAUAAGAUUCAAUGAUCUAUGCUCAUACCCGGAGAUCGGCUGAAACUAUUUGAAAAUGGUAAAACCCAACUGUUUAACUCUAGGGAAGUUGGAAAAUGUUCCUUUAAGCUAGUCCUGGACUAAAAUGCAGGAGCUGUUUCGACUGAAAGUUGCACUGAGAUAUCUUAAAAUUUGUCAGUGUUAUUGUUUUGUCUCAAGAUGCAUACCAGUAAUGUUUUCAAAUCACAUCUAUAAAAGCUACUUAAAUUCCCUAAUCUAACUAAAACUUAAUCCUGGCUUAGUCUAAGACCUGUCUUGUGAAACUGUAUUCUCAGCAUGAUGCCUAUGGGCCAUUGGCUAAAUGUCUGAUGGACACGGCAAAACAAAAGUGGAAACACUUCAGGAGUUUCCAAGUAGUCAUCGGAUUGGUUGAUUUAUACAGGAUAUCCAGAAGACAUCUGUGUCACGUUCUUUAGGGUUCCACCUGGAAACAAAUAUGCUGUGCCACCAAACUACAAAAUCCAUUCUCCAUUCUCAAGUCCAGCAUUGCCUGAUGUUGUUCCUGAUGUAGGGCCGCGAGGCAUGAGAUGAUGUCCGCAAUAGGCGUGGAGGACGGGCUCUGCAUGGCGGCGGCUAUGUGUCUGGCUAUGUGACACUAUGUGACACUAGUGAAACCGAGUAAUUAGUAAUUAACCUUUUUUUUAACUAAUUCUUGUCUGAUCCCUGAUGCUAUUUCCAUAUGGAAUGUUAUACAAAUGGUUAAGAAUAAUAUAUUUGACCUUUUUCUCUGUAUUGCUUACAGGGCUGUCUUCAGGUGGGCCCACUAAGGUCCUCUGUGAUAACCUACUUAUUGGACUGGCCUUCUUAAUUUGCAUAUGAUUAAUGAAAAGAAAAACAUUUACGUCUCACGAAAUAAAAGUUAUUAAAAAGACAUGCAAAUUAAAGUGCAAAUAAUUAUCAGAUUUUGCAAGAAACCUUGUACAGUACUAAGUCAAAAAUAAAAGCAUCUGUAGAACUUUGGUCCACAGGAAGUUACAGAGCAUUGUUGAUUCUUGAUGUUUAAAGGUAUAGAUUAUCAUACCAUUACAUCUAAAAUGUAAUGAAAUAACAGAAAUGUUGUACUUCCAGCUAGGUAACUGCAAAUAUUAAAAUGUCCACACAAAAGUAUUACAAAGUAUAAAUGUAAUGAGGGUUUAGAAAUCACUCCAUGUAUGCUACAAACAUCUCCUCUAAAAAGACUCAGACAAAAUAUGUCUUUGGUUACCACUACAGCCCAUCAACUUACACUUUACUUGAUAACUUACUCUCAUUUAUUAGUCAGUCUACUACUACCUUCUGAAUUAUGGCCGUCUUGUUAUUUUGAACGCACAUUUGUGUUUGAGGUAAGAGAGGGAGGGGUUACUACUAGUGAGAGUAGAGGGUAGGUUUGAGUAUUUUGGCAGCACUUAAUGCUUAAGCGCAGGCUGUUGCACCAUGGUUCAUUAUUCUUUUCUCCUCCUUGUUAUCUCUUUGGCUGCUGGGAUGGAAAGUGAUAUUAUUGGAGGAAAAGAGGCUAAACCUCAUUCCAGGCCAUACAUGGCAUCUAUUCAGAUCAACAAACAUCACACAUGUGGAGGGAUGCUGAUCAGAGAAGAUUAUGUACUGACAGCGGCCCACUGUUUGAACCGUAGUGUCUUCUCUCGUAAAGAUCACUUUGAGGUUGUUCUGGGAGCUCACAACAUCACGCAGAAGGAGAAGAGCCAGCAGAGAAUCCCAGUGAAGAAAUACAUCCGACAUCCUAUGUUUGAACAGAACAACGAAAUUAACUACAGUUAUGAUAUCAUGUUACUAAAGUUGAAGAACAAAGCCAAACUGAGCAAAUAUGUGAAAGUUCAGCCUCUUCCUGAGAAGAAUGAAAAAACAACAGCUAAUGUUCAUUGCUCCAUUGCUGGUUGGGGGUUGAAAAGCCCAAAUGGAAACCAGCCAUCAGAUGUGAUGCGGGAAGUCAGUCUCAUAUUGGAGGAGAACUCAAUAUGUGAAAACAAGUGGCAGCAGUACUUCAACUCUGAGAGAAUGAUCUGCAGUGUUUCAGAUGGGAAACAUGCUUUUUGUAUGGGGGAUUCAGGGAGUCCUCUUAUCUGCAAUACCAAACCACAAGGAAUUGCUUCAUAUACCAUUAAUGGCGACUGUACAAAUGAAUCAUAUCCUCAAGUUUAUGUUAAAAUCUCCUACUUCCUCCCCUGGAUUAAAAAGAAAAUUAAAAUGAAUGAGUCAAUAAUGAAUUAAUUAAUUUUAAAUUGGGUUUUUGCAUUAAACAUAUUUUUUUCUCUUUUAGACUAAGUUUUUUUUUUUUUGCUAUUUUUUUUUCCUGCUGCAACUGUCAA